CCCUUUAGUAAACGGGGGUUGCCUGUAUCAGAUAACUAGGUUGCUAUCAUGUUGCUGGGAACACCAUCUCUCAAGGUGGUGUUACUGUCUUGUAUAUACAUUUAUGUUCACAAAACAACAUUUCUAUUAGUCUAGCUUUUUUACAAGCCUUGCUCACAAGAAAGAAUUGUUUUGUAAUGCACAAAGUAAAAUCUUACAUGAAAUAUAGGAUUUUUUAAUGUAAAAUCCAUUUUUACCAACAGACUUACCCAUUAUCAUUAAUUACUGCUUAAAACCCCCCAUUCCCACAGCAAACUUACAGCAUGUCUAACAGCUCGAGAUAAAAGAAAAGAAAGAAAUAUUUGAGGUGCCCCCUUUCUCGUUUACUUUCAGAAGACACCCAGCCUGUUUUCUACUCCCAGGUACCACCCAUCAGGCAAAUUCCCUCAUUCACCUCUAGCCUAAAAGGUCAUAUAGGGGAGGGAGGAAGGGAAACUCAAUUAUAAUUAUUAUGGGUAAGUAUGUGGAUAAAAAUGGAUUUUACAUUAAAAAAUCCUAUUUGUUAUUACACAUACUACUAUCCAUAAUUAUAAAUCAUUGCUUAAGAACUGAAUCCCAAAUAUAGGAUGGAGGAUGACCUCACUCCUAAAAAUAACUUUCACUCCCCAAGACACAUAACCUUACAAACCCAAAACUUACAAGGCAGAAGCCAUAUCCUGAGGUGGGUGCAGCACUCAUAACCCAUGACAGAGGGACAAAACCAUAGGAGUGAAAGGAGCAUCCCAACUCUUGCCAUGAGAACAGUCCAAUGAUCCCGAACCCCAAAGAGGGCAAUACAUAGAACAGUAUGUAUAAGGAACCCAAAAGAAAAAUUAUUGAAUUACCCUGAGAGCCAACAAAACAGGCACCCAGAGAAAAGGUGUCCAAAUACUAAUGAGAAAUAUCCCUGAGAUAAAAAUAAGCAAAUGUGGGCAUAAUCUUCCAGGUUCCUGCCCAAAGAACAGCAGGAAUACUCCAAAUCUUCUUGAACAAAGCACUCGUCACCACUGCUCUAACUUCAUGUACCUUUACCCGAACCAAGCACAUGUCCUUAGAAACAUCCUCAUGUGCAUGCUGGAUAACCUGACAUAUUCAGUGAGAAAUAGUAUGAGGGUGCACCACACGCCGAGGCUCAGUAACUGUCACAAAAAGGCGGGAGCAUCUAGGACGACAAUCCCUGGUCUUAUGAAGGUAAUCCCUGAGGGCUCUGACUGGGCCUGUCCCCUUUCGAGUCGCCAACGUGCUCCGUAAGAGCAGGAAUGGUGAAGUCAGACUGAGAUUCAUCACCUGGGAGUUGAGUCUUCGCUAGAAAAUCAGGGGCAAAAAAAAGUCAUAGACAACCAACCCUUAGAGAGAUGAACUUCCACUGAAAGCCCAUGCAGUUCGCUAACUCGGUGAGCAGACACUAAAGCCAAAAGGAAAGAGAACUUUAGUGCAACGUCCCUCAAUGAAGCCAAACAAAGAGGCUCAUAAGGGGACUUUAUUAAGGAAUGUAAAUCUAAGAACAAAAGCCACGCAGGAAUGCAUGGUGAACAAGAAGGAGCCAACUUGGUAAAUCCCCCAAACAGCUGACAGAUCCCAAUCCUGUGAGAUAUCUAAGCCAGCCUGCCGGAAAAUGGGGGCCAAAGCUGCACGAUAGCCCCUAAUGGACAGCAAGGACAAAUGCUCUGUGUCCCAAAGAAAAUCUAAAAUUUCACUAAGUCCAUUACAGAGGCCAAGAGAGGAUGACAACCUCUCAAUUCACACCAAUCAUAGAAGACAGACCAUUUUGCCUGACUGACUCUGGCAGAGGACUGUCUGACCAGAAGGGCCAUAAAUCUAGCAGCCUUCCAUGAAAAGCCUCUCUUUCAGAAAAGACACUGGAGAGUCUCCACAUGUGAAGAUAAAGUGCCCCUUAAGUCUUGUGAAAGAGAUGGCAAUGAGGCUGGCCAAGCAGAGAGGCCCAUGGUGGCAACACUCAAGGAAGGUACACUAGCAGAUUCAGAAGCAGAGGAAACCAAUCUGCCUGAUGCCACUGCAGGGCAAUCAGAGUCACGUAAACACAAACGGAUUCUCUGAUUCAAACCAGCACCUGACGAAUCAGAGAGAAGGGAGGAAAGGCAUACAGAUCCAAGCCCUCCCAUGGAAAGGCAAAUGCAUCCUCUUUCCAAGCUCCCGGGUCUGCCAGGGGACACACAUACAGAGGUAACUGGUGAUUUAAAGCAGUUGCAAACAGAUCCACCUGUGGUGUAUUCCACACUUGGAAGACCUGCCUGCACACUACUGGAUGUAGAGUCCACUCCGACCCCAUACAGUCACAACUGAGGACAUCUGCCACUGCAUUGCACCAUCCCGGCAAGAACCUGAGGCAAAGAGAGAUCAAUUUGUCCUCGCACAACCAGAGAAUGUCUCCCACCAGACCUGACAGACACUCGGACCAAGUGGCCCCCGAGUUCCGCACAUAGGCCACUACUGUUGAAUUGUCUGACAUGAGAGACACCACUGUGCCUGAUAAUUCUUGCUGAAAGGACUGCAGAGCCUGGAAAACAGCCAUCACCUUCAGGUGGUUGAUGUGAAACCUCUGCUCCUCUGGAGACCACACCCAUGAGACGAGAGAGUCCCCCAGAUGAGCACCACAAACAUGAAGGGACGCGUCCAAAAACAGAGACUGUUCCGGAGGCACCAUCACAAAGAGAGCUCCCCUGAGUAGAUGACCUGGUUCCAUCCACCAGGAGAGGUCCGCUAGACAGAGAUGGGAAGGAGGAACCCACCACCAGGGUGGGUCCGACACUGCCUUCCAGUGUUUCUUCAGACACCACUGAAGGGACCGAGAGCGUACCUUGCUGCCCGGGACCAGCCUCUCCAGGGAAGCCAGAUGACCCAAGAGAGACACUAUAGGAGCUCUGUCCUCUAGAAAACAUUGUGCCACUGACAGAAAAUGGCUGAUCCUUUCUGGCAAUGGAAAAACCAGAGCCCUCACUGAAUCCAGCACCAUGCCCAGGUACUGCUUUCUCUUGCUGAGUACCAGGUCUAAUUUGGGUAGAAUGAUCUGAAUACCCAACUGAGCAUAUAGCCGCAAAAUAGCCCGGAUAGCACCUAUGCACCCUCAGAGAGUAGUCCCUGUGACCAACCAAUCAUCCAGGUAACGGUGCAAAGAGAUAUCGUCUCAGUGAGCCCAUGAAGACAUUGGAGCCAUCACCUUGGUAAAGACCUGCAGGGCAAUGGCAAAGCCAAAACAAAGAACUGAACUGAAAAACUUUGCCCCUCUAAUCGAACCGCAGGUACUUGUGAGAAUGCAGGUGGACUGGAAGUUGGAAAUAUGCAUCCUUCAGAUCCAGAGAUACCAUUCAAUCCCCCAUGUUCAUGGACUCCAAAACUGACACCACCAUCUCCAUCCGAAAGAGGCUGACAUCUAAAAACUUGUUUAGAGCUGAGAGGUCGAACACAGGUGUCCAACCUCCUGUUACCUUGGAAACAAGAAACAGAUGGUUAUAAAAGCCCUCUAGCUUGCCCACCACAAGCUCUAUGGCCCCUUUGGCAAACAUUUCCUGCACCACUAAGUCCAAGGUCACACAUAACUCACAAACUAAAGAGACUAAAGAGGACACAGAAAGGGGAGGACAUACCCAUAAUGCAGUCUUCACUACCCACCCUCCUGCCCCACUCUCCAUCCACUCUCUCCAGUGCCACUGCAGCCAAGUGCCCACAGGCACAGGAGAGCAAACUACUUCCCUAGCGAGAUCUACCCAAGCCAUGGGAUCCUCCACUGCGAGAACCCCUGGCCUGAAAGGACUCCCCUGUAGCAGAGGACCUGGGGACAGGAGCUGACAGAGGCACUAAGAAAUGCAUCCCUCCUCAUCUGCCCUUAAAGAUAAAAGAUAAAAAGAGAUGUAACAUUUAGGCAGUGAGAAAGAGGCUGAAGAGAGUCAGUCACAGGAGGUGAGUUGAGACAAAAAGCUUUUAAUUCUAUCCUAUCUAAUAAUACUGUGUGAGUGGAACCCUCCCAAACAUGCGAAGACUACUCCAUACAGGGGCGGAUAAAGGCACAGUCAUAUGAGCGUUUUUUCACGCAACUUUAAGCCAGCAAAGUUUUGUCCCCGGUUAUUUAUCACUGAGAAUGAUCACACGGUGGAAAGCUCCGAGUGAACUAUAGUUUCGGUGUAUGUUAUAAAUGGCACGAGAACCGAGUCGAAUCCUCUUGAUUUUUGUGUAUCCCCGAUCCAAAGGCUACACUGAGAGUGCUCAUCAGUUCUGAUCUCAAAAGUAAACAUACAAUAUCAACACUCAGAAGGAGAGAGAUCUGCAGAAGUCCAACCAGCUUCACCGCAUCUAGCCUGUCUAUUGCACCUUUGGGACACUAGAGGCUGUGACAUCACAGCCUGCAUAGCCCCAACACAACCUCAAGAAGAUCAUGGAUCCUGACAUUGUAGCAUAUGUGAUGCUGGACUAUUUGAACAGGAAGCAGCAGGAGAAGAGGAGGAGGCGUGUAUGGAGCCAUGAUUGGUUGAAGAAAAGGAGAGAAGAGAGUGUAGCCUUCAGACUUGUGAGGGAGCUUGAGGCUGAAGACCCAGACACACUGAGACAAUGGACACGUCCUGACCAACACCAAUUUCAGGAACUGUUAGCCCAGGUGACCCCACUUAUAAAGAAGGAAGAUACCAAUAUGCGACAGGCAGUUACUCCUUAUGAACGCCUUCUUCUGACACUACAUCAUCUAGCAACUGGAGGGUCCUACAGAAGCUUGUCUUGCCAGUUUAGGAUCAGCCACAACUUAAUCUCUGCCAUCACCCCAAGUGUGUGCAGGGCAAUCUACCAGGUCCUUCAACCAAAAUACAUGUGUUUACCAAGGAAAGCUGAACAGUGGCGUAAAAUUGCAAAUGAUUUUUAUAACAAGUGGCAAUUUCCAUUAUGUAUUGGUGCACUUGAUGGCAAGAGAGUCUUGAUCUGCAAACCACCAAACUCAGGAUCUACUUUUUAUGAUUAUAAAGGACAUGUUAGUGUGAUCCUGAUGGCAUUAGUAGAUGCAGACUGCAAAUUUUUGUAUGUUGAUGUUGGUAGCUGUGGACGAGCCAGUGAUGGUGGAGUUUGAGAUAGGUGUAGCCUGAAGCAGGGGGUUGAGGGUAAUGUGUUAGAUAUUCCUCAACCAGAGAAUAUACCUUUUUCUGACAAGAAGUGCCCCUAUGUAUUUGUUGGAGAUGAUGCCUUCCCCCUAAAAACUUACCUAAUGAAACCAUAUCCAGGAAGGGAUCAAACCCAUGACAAAAUUAUAUAUAACUACCGUGUUUCCCGUGCUAGGAGGACAUCUGAGAAUGCGUUCAGUAUUCUUGCUGCAAGAUUUCAAAUAUUCAAGCAGCCCAUAAGAAUAUCACCAGAGAAGGUAAAAGACAUAAUAUUGGCUGCUGUAACCUUGCAUAAUAUGUUGCAUGAAUCUUCUAGCAAUUCAUAUACAUCUCCUGGAUUUAUUGAUGCUGAGGAUAUGGACAGUGGAAGCAUCCAAGUAGGCCAUAUGCACCACUUCCCACACGGUGCUGUAGACGGUUUGCAGGCUGUUGGUAGGGGCCAUUCAAAUGAUACCAAAAAUAUAAGGGAGAAAUUCAAAGACUACUUCAACAAUGAAGGAAAAGUACAUUGGCAGGAUUGCAUGGUUUCAUUACAUUAGUAGAAGUGUGGGGAAUGAAAGUAAUAAGCCAUUCCUUCUUUCCUUUCCCCCCGCACUCACAGUCUGUUCACCUCAGCACCCACUACAUCAGGUACUGCUGUCUCCUUUGAUAUUAAUAGGAUUUCUUAGCAUUGUAUCUUUUUUUAUUGUAUUCCUUGUAAUACAGUACACCCUUAUUUUACCCUUUGUUUUUUGCACGGUUUUGAAUUUACAAUGAUUUCUUCAUUUUUAUUUUAUUUUUUUUAUUAUACACCUGUUCUGUGCUGAAUAUCAAUUACGUAAGGGGAAAAAAACAUUUUUAGUAUUGCUGCCAGACAUUUUGAUUUCCUAUUACCAUACUUUUCAGUCUAGAGCAAUGAUUUUUUUACAGUUUAAACACUAAUGUGAUGUACCUCUAAUAUAGUUUUCAUCAAAACUGAUACAUUACUUUUCUCAUUUAUGUUUACUAUUUGUUUUCUUACAUAUCUUUAUAUAACUUUAACUUUAUCAAUUACUCAUUUUUUGUUCUAUAUGGAAUUCAGUAACUUUGGUCAUUGGUCUAUAUGGUUGCUCCUACAGUAUUUCCAUGGGUUCAGAUUUUUACAUGGAUUUUUGUAUUUACACAGUGUUUUCCGGUCCCUAACCCGAGUACAAAAUAAGGGUCAACUGUACCAAUUUUUUUUUUUUUUUCAUGAUAUACAGUUUGACUUGAUUAAAAAAAAAAAAUGUGGUUCUGCUGAAUUUAAAUCUCAUAAUUGUACAUGAAAUCAUGAAUAAAGAAAGCAAAUGUUUGGACAAACUACAUUCUGCAAGUUUCUUCUUAAUGGAUUGCUUGUGUACUGUUAAGUUUGAAUAAGGGUAAUGAUCUCACUGUUUUAAAUGAACCAAAAUAUAUUUAUCCAUAUAAAAAAAUAAAUAUAGCAUUACACUUUCUUGUAAUUUCCUUACCUAACCCGGAUUUUCUAAGAUAAACAAAACCAUCAGUCUUAUCAACUCUUCUCCUCUAACUGACUGUCUUGAUUCUUUAAGUCACCGCCGCAAUGUUGCAUCUUUAUCUGUCUUCUACCGCUGUUUUCAUGCUGUCUGCUCUUCUGAACUU